ACCUACGAGAGACAGUGAAGAUGAUGAAGACGAUGAGAGGAAGGGAAAAGGUUGCACCCUACAGUACCAGUAUGCCUUGGUGCGAGUCCUCACUCAUUUUGUCGCAGAGCCCUCUGACCCAGGAGGAGAGAUGGUCUACAUGUUAGGAGCAGACUGGCAAGCAGAUAUCACUCAUUUGGUGUUGGAUCAACUUAAGGUGGAAGAUCCUCGUAUUGCACGACUGAUAGACGGUCGAAUCUUGAUCGGACGUGACCUAGGGAUCACAACUAUACAGGUUCUGUCCCCGCUGUCUGAUUCUAUCCUAGCAGAGAAGACUGUGACAGUGUUGGAUGACAAGGUCACCAUCGCAGAUAUGGGAGUGCAGCUGGUUGCUUCUCUGUCCCUCAGUAUGACACCCAGUCCUGGAAACAAUCAGGCUAUACAGCUAACCACUACAGCUACAGACCUGCUACACACACCGAAACAGGAGGCUGCUAUCAGUGCAUGGAUACAGUACAGUGACGGUUCAGUGACUCCACUUGAUGUGUACGAUCCCAAGGACUUUCUACUCUCAGCUGUGUCAUUGGAUGAAAACGUUAUCUCCAUCAACAACCAGGAACAACACUGGCCUAUUGUCGUGGCAGAGAGUGACGGACAGGGAGCUCUGGUUCGUGUUGAGAUGGUCAUCUCUGAGACCUGUCAGAAAUCCAAAAGGAAGAGUGUUCUGGCAUCUGGAAUCGGUAAUGUGCUGGUGAAGUUUGGAGCGAAGAGUGAUGACAGGGGUGUGAUGGGAAGAGGUGGACCAGACUAUGAAGGAGGAAUGGACAAUAGCACCAAUGACUUACGAACAAAGGAUGGAGGAGAGUGGAAGUCCAACAGUGCAGCUGUAGAUAGAGAGGAAGGAGCCAUGAGGAAGGUAAGCACAACAACCAAGAGCACAGUUACCCACCGCACUUCGGGUGGUAAAGCUAACAGUGGAGGCAGCAGCAGCAGCAGGGGCAGUGGCCCGAACCAAGCAGGAGACUACAGCAGCUACCCUGCACAAGUGGAGGUACCAGGCACUGGGGAAAGUGAGCUGACCCAGACCACCAGAGGACUAACCGACCUGGAGAUCGGGAUGUAUGCCCUGUUGGGCGUUUUCUGUCUGGCUAUACUGGUCUUCCUCAUCAACUGUGUCAGCUUUGCUUUCAGAUACCGUCACAAGCAGGUCCCUGUGUUGGAGGCAGGAGGUAACAUGAACCACGCCCAUGACUGGGUGUGGCUUGGCAACGAGGCUGACCUUCUAGCAGACCAUUCUGACCAAUGCCAAGGCGGACUGCCUGAUGAGUGCACCACCAUAAUUGACCGGAAUGACGGUGGAUACGAAGAGAACAAGUACCUGCUGAAUGGGGCUGGUAACACGUUGAUGAUGGGUACAGGAAUGGGCACCAUAAGUGGGGGUGGAGGUACAGGUGGACACCGUGGCAUCACACAUGGACAAACCUUGCCCAGAUCUGUCCAAGAACCGCAUCAGUGCCUUUCAGCAAUCACUUCUGGUGGCAAAAACGCCACUGGUCAAGCAGAGCAUCUGAAUAAUUCCCCCCGAGCAAAGGCUGCAGCUGCGGUUGCAGCCGCCAAACGCAAACGUGUCCAGUUCACGUCUUUCGCCACUGUUUUGCCCAAUGAUAAUUUGGGUGGGGGUGGCCCGUACACCAACUCUUCAGUCCUUGUGACCAAUGGGAGCGAAGAUGACAUCAAGUGGGUGUGCCAGGAUAUGGACCUAGGUCAGUCUGAAAUCAGAACCUACAUGGAGAGGCUACAAGACAAUCUGUAACUGAUGGAAAAGAGACUGAGAAAUGGAGUGGCAGAGGAUAAGGGCAGGAGGGGAUGGUCGGACAAUGAAUACAAUUCACCUGUAAUGCCUUUGCAAUGGAUGAAGGGAGGGAGAAUGAGAGGAAUGACAGGACAGUGAAUGGAACACAAAGUGUGGCAGAGUUUGAGCAGGUAGUGCUAGGGAUGCUCAAGUUUAGCUCCCUUUUAGCUCCAGGAGCAUACUGUCAUUACUAGCUCACACAGAAAUCAAUGGUAGCAAACAAUAAAAAACUAUUUGACUUUAUUUUGUAUUAUUUAAUGUGAAAAUAUUAUUGUAAAAAACAAUUAAGUUACUUGGUUAUGAAUGUUUAAUUCAAACUAUUGGUGAACAAUUUUGCAAUACAGUAAAUUCAGGGUGUGUUAUUUGGAGACACAUUAUUUAGUCACUGUUCAUUUAAAUGAGGAUGCCAAGAACAUCAUUUGAGAUAUAUUUUACUCAUGUUUUACUAUAUUGCCAUUACAAUUGUGGCUAUUUAUUGAUCAUUGAUAGCUCUAUGUACUUUUAAUAUAUAAAUCUGUCAUUUAUAGGUGAACUCAUCUGACGGUUUAUAAUGAAGUUGAUUGUUUUUGUUCGAUCAUGUGACCCAUUAGUCUUUGGCACUGUUCAUAAGUAAAAUGUAAAAAAAAUCUACGUAAUCAACUAUGAAUUCAGGCACUAUUGGGAUUUUGCCAUUCAUCACUGAUUAUUUGCGAUCUUGAUCUUUCCUCGUAUGUCAGAAUGUGAGAAGAAUUGGAAGUAAAUACGUCGUAAAAAAAGACUUUUCUCCCUUGGAUCCAGGACAGAGGCAUUUAAACUUGCACAAUUACCAACAGGAAAGGACAUUGGCCAUACCUGCUGUUUCCUGAUACCUUCCAGCCAAUGAUGGCUCUCUCUCUGUUUCAGAACCAAUCCCGUCAUCCCCUGGCCCCUCUUCUCAACUGUGAUUGGAUGGCAGUAGGAACUUUUGAACUAAAGUACACAGUGAAAAACUGUGAAUUACUGACUGUAGACUAAAAAGCAGGAUGGACUGAGGUGUCUCAUAUUAAAGGAGACUGCUUGGGCUUUGCAAAGUCCAACUGAACACUUAAUAGUGAGCAUAAUUAAAACAGAAACUACAUAGGAAGCAAGAAUGUCCAGAGAAUCUACAUGGAGCAAACAGGAUAUAAUGAAUGACAUCAAAAUACAUCAAAAAUGGAGUGACACUCUUGAUUAUCUCUUGACUAGAUAUUGGUUUAUGAGACAUGUUUUUUUUUCAUGCUGAACAUAAUUGUAUAUUUUGUUAUCCUUUGGUUUGUCCUUUUUGAUAAAUAGAAUGUUUUAUCCUUUUCCUAAUUACGUUUUUUCCUAAUUUGGAAAGAUAUUAAUGGUAGCUUAUUAUUUCAGAGAUUUAUAAGAUUUUAAGGAUAUGUGAUUCUUUUUGUUUAUCCUAGUGUUCUAUUUAUUUAAGUUAACAUUACAGGGGGUGAGGAAGGAAAGAAGGGCCAAGGGCAGAAAGAGAAUAAUGAACCUACUGGGAAAUGAUAGCACAUGUGAGUACUAGUAAAAGCAAGGAGACAGAACAGGCAGAGGUUGCCUCACCUUCGUUAAGCUCAGGUGACGAGUCAAGAAGAACCGACGAUAACUAUGGAGAACUGUAAGAUUGUUAAGAUUGCAAUAUUUAUUUAUAAAUGUGUUACUGUUUCAGAGUACACUGUAUGUUGUAGAUAAAUAAACAUGCUUCAAAGUG